UUUUAAAUGAAAAUUUAUACUCAUUUUUUUCUAUUAAUUUUUACUAAACUUAAUUUUACCAAAUGUGUAAAUCAACAAAGUAACAUCUUCCCCUUCGGAAUGAAUGUGAGGAAUAGUGUAAUGAGUGGAAUACAAGAUUUAGCUGAUUUUGCCGUUAACAUUCAUCCACCGCAUGAGGACCCUGAGGAAACUCUAGCCUCCUUAGACGGAGUAAUGAUGCUUGAGAACGCUCAGAGAAGAGCUGACAAUGAAGAGUUCACAGAGGCUGAACAACGACUACUCAAAAUACACCGCAAUAAAAUCAGGGAAAUAGUCUCAUUGGCGUUUGAACCGAUCCACGCAAUGUUCCCCUCACGAAUGGAAUCUUUCAUACGAAACGAGAUUUGAGUUAGAUUAGGGCGUUGAAUAUUAUGAGACAUUCUUGUAGAUUUUUCAUGUUUGCCGCUUGGGCUAUUUCAGACGCCACUGAGAAACAAUUUCUAAACACACAUGCACAAUAAUUAAAAAUACUCCCAACAACUUGCUGAUAAACGAUUAUUAAAUCUUUUACCACAUCUGCAAAUUAUUUUAUUAUUUGUGGAAUCAGACUUACGUGCAAUUACUUCU